AUGAAGGCCCCUCCUCGCUCUUCAGUGGUGGCAAAUCUCAAGAAUGGCCUCAUUAUCAACUUGCUUGGCCUAGGAGCCACUCUCCUCGGCCUCCAGGCCACUGUUGGAGUGCUCGUUGCCAAAGCCCUUACUUCCUCCACUCCCAUCUAUGGUGCUGUCGGCCUCCCCACCGGCUACAACCCUGUUCUGGCCCUCGACGUCUUCCUUGUUCAGGCGUCUGGCAACACUGCUCUUUCUCACUUUCUUGGACUAGUGCUGACCCUGGAGUUGCUGCGCGCAACAACACUUUCACAGCCUCCUCCUGAGAAUGUCAUCCCACAAGCGUCAUGA